GACGGUGUGCGGGCCGGCCAGCCCUGGACGAAAGAAGAGGGCCCCUCCGGACCAGUCUGGGCACCCUGGGACAGCGGCUGCAGCCAGGCAUGGCCGACUCUGCACAGGCCCAGAAGCUGGUGUACCUAGUCACAGGGGGCUGCGGCUUCCUGGGAGAGCACGUGGUGCGAAUGCUGCUGCAGCGGGAGCCCCGGCUCGGGGAGCUGCGGGUCUUUGACCGACACCUGGGUCCCUGGCUGGAGGAGCUGAAGACAGGUUCUUGUUGGGGGAGCUUGUGGUGAAGAGGGUGUGGACACUUCCCCAACCCUUCCCAAGCUGGGAUCCCCACCCCUGCAGUGGAACAGAUGAUGCUGGUUUCUGUCCACAUGGAUGGGUCGAGGCCUGUGAGGGUGACUGCCAUCCAGGGGGAUGUGACCCAGGCCCAUGAGGUGGCAGCAGCUGUGGCUGGAGCCCAUGUGGUCAUCCACACGGCUGGGCUGGUAGACGUGUUUGGCAGGGCCAGUCCCGAGACCAUCCAUGAGGUCAACGUGCAGGGCACACGGAACGUGAUCGAGGCUUGUGUGCAGACUGGAACACGGUUCCUGGUCUACACCAGCAGCAUGGAAGUUGUGGGGCCUAACACCAAAGGUCACCCCUUCUACAGGGGCAACGAAGACACCCCAUACGAAGCAGUGCACAGCCACCCCUAUCCUUGCAGCAAGGCCCUGGCCGAGUGGCUGGUCCUGGAGGCCAACGGGAGGAAGGUCCAUGGGGGGCUGCCCCUGGUGACGUGUGCCCUUCGUCCCACGGGCAUCUACGGUGAAGGCCACCAGAUCAUGAGGGACUUCUACCGCCAGGGCCUGCGCCUGGGAGGUUGGCUCUUCCGGGCCAUCCCGGCCUCUGUGGAGCAUGGCCGGGUCUAUGUGGGCAAUGUUGCCUGGAUGCACGUGCUGGCAGCCCGGGAGCUGGAGCAGCGGGCAGCCCUGAUGGGCGGCCAGGUAUACUUCUGCUACGAUGGAUCGCCCUACAAGAGCUACGAGGAUUUCAACAUGGAGUUCCUGGGCCCCUGCGGACUGCGGCUGGUGGGCACCCGCCCACUGCUGCCCUACUGGCUGCUGGUGUUCCUGGCUGCCCUCAAUGCCCUGCUGCAGUGGCUGCUGCGGCCGCUGGUGCUCUACGCACCCCUGCUGAACCCCUACACGCUAGCCGUGGCCAACACCACCUUCACCGUCAGCACCGACAAGGCUCAGCGCCAUUUCGGCUAUGAGCCCCUGUUCUCGUGGGAGGAUAGCCGGACCCGCACCAUUCUCUGGGUACAGGCUGCUACGGGUUCAGCCCAGUGACGGUGGGGCUGGGGCCUGGAGGCCCAUUACAGCGCAUCCACCCAGGUCCCGAGCCCUCACAUCCUGGAUGGGAAGGGACAGCUGCAUUCCAGAGCGGGAGGCAGGGCUCUGGGGCCAGAAUGGCUGUCCUUGUCCUAGAGCCCUCCACAUUUUCUUUUUCUUUUUUGAGACAGGGUCUUGCUCUGUCACCCAGACUGGAGUGCAGUGGCGUGAUCAUAGCUCAUUGCACCCUCAACCUCCUGGGUUCAAGCAAUCCUCCUGCCUCAGCCUCCUGAACAGCUGGGACCACAGGUGCACGCCACCACACCUGGGUUUUUUUUUUUUUUUAGAGACAGGGUCUCACUAUAUUGCCCAGGCUGGUCUUGAACUCCUGGGCUCAAGUGAUCUUCCCACCUGGGCCUCCCAAAGCGCUGGAACUACAAGUGUGAGCCACCGCGCCCAGCCCAAGCCCUCCACAUUUUCAAUCCAGGAGCCUUGAGUUUGUGUUGUGUCCUGACGCCUCCAAGUUCUAGGGCCGUCAGGACACAAGGGCAGGGUUUGGGGACAGAGUGUCCUUCCUCUGUCCUCUCACCCCAGUCCUGAUGGCCGCUUGGUGAGUGGCUGGUGUCCUGGUGACCUGCCCCAGCUCUCUUCUGGCUUUCUGAGCAGGAAGCAAGCAGAGGCUCCACAGGCUUACGCUGCUCUCCUGACAUCCACAUGCAACCCUCGGUGCAGAGUGCAGAGGCGGCUCUGGUUCCUCCAGCCACCUCAGUCCCUCUUUGGGAGGUGAUGUUCCCAUUGUUUUUCAAAGGCCUCACCUUCAACCAUCUGUCUUAGAAUUCCCCUCUGGAGGGCUAUGGCCUCCCUGCGCUUUCACUUCCCACCUCUCUACCUAAGUUCCUUCCCGGCACAUCGCCAGCCCUGGGUCUGGGGAUGUCCCCAAUGCUGUACCUGGCUGACCCCGGAUUAAAAGCCUCAUCCACGA